AUGUCUAAUAACGUCUAUAUUGUUGCAGCCACCAGAACCCCAAUCGGUGCCUUCCAAGGGUCCCUUUCUUCGAAGACCGCUGUUGAACUAGGUUCUAUUGCAGUCAAAGGUGCUCUGGAAAGAGUUCCUCAAUUAAACCCGGCCUCUGAUUUCGAUGAAAUCAUCUAUGGUAACGUUCUAUCUGCCAAUUUAGGUCAAAACCCAGCUAGACAAGUUGCGUUAGGUGCUGGUGUUAGCAAUACCAUUGUUGCAUCCACAGUCAAUAAGGUCUGUGCUUCUGCUAUGAAGGCUGUAAUUCUAGCAUCUCAGUCUAUCAAGUGUGGUAAUGCGGAUGUUGUCAUUGCAGGUGGUUGUGAGUCGAUGACCAAUACACCAUACUAUUUGCCAAGUGCAAGAGGUGGUGCCAAAUUUGGUGAUGUAAAACUUGUAGAUGGUGUCCAAAGAGAUGGUUUGAACGAUGCGUACGAUGGUUUAGCCAUGGGUGUUCAUGCUGAAAAAUGUGCUAAGGACUGGGACAUUACCCGUGAACAACAAGAUGAGUUUGCUAUUGCAUCUUAUCAAAAGGCUCAACAAUCUACUAACGAUGGUAAAUUUGUACAUGAAAUCACACCUGUUACAAUUAAGGGGUUCCGUGGUAAGGCUGAUACUAUUGUUGAAAAGGAUGAUGAACCAUCGCGUUUAAAUAUCGCUAAACUAAAAUCUGCCAGAACUGUAUUCCAAAAGGAAAAUGGAACAGUUACAGCUCCAAAUGCUUCUCCAAUCAAUGAUGGUGCUGCUGCCAUUAUUCUAGUCUCCGAAAAGAAAUUAAAGGAAUUGAAUUUGACUCCAUUAGCAAUCAUUAAAGGUUGGGGUGAAGCUGCCCAAAACCCAUGCGAUUACACGUGGUCUCCAUCUCUAGCUGUUCCAAAAGCUCUAAAGCAUGCCGGUAUCCAAGAUAUAAAUUCUGUUGACUACUUUGAAUUCAACGAAGCAUUUUCCGUUGUUGGUCUAGCAAAUACUAAGAUCUUAAAGUUAGACCCAUCCAAGGUGAACGUCUAUGGUGGUGCUGUUGCUAUUGGCCAUCCAUUGGGCUGUUCUGGUGCUAGAAUUAUCAUUACUUUACUAUCUAUCCUAAACCAAGAAGCUGGUAAAGUUGGUGUUGCUGCUAUCUGUAACGGUGGUGGUGGUGCUUCAUCUGUUGUCAUUGAAAAAUGCUAA